GCCAGCGAGCCCUGGAGGACUGCAAGGCGCUUGUCCAGGAGUUCAAUACCCAAGUGGCUCUAUACCGGGAGUUAGUCAUUUCCAUUGGGGAUGUGUCAGUCAAUUGUCCGUCUCUACGUGCUGAAAUGCACAAGACUCGAACCAAAGGAUGCGAGAUGGCUUAUCACGCACACCAAAAACUGUCAGCAAUUUCUGGCAGCACAGGCUCUUCCCUGCAUGGCUGUUCCUCCUCCUGGCAUGGCCCUUCUUCAAACAGCCCAGAAGAUGGUGAGAUUCACCCUGAAAUCUGUAGACUAUACAUCCAGUUGCAGUGUUGCUUAGAAAUGUACACAACAGAGAUGCUUAAAUCUGUAUGUCUGCUAGGAUCCCUUCAGUUUCACCGGAAAGGAAAAGAGCCUUGUGCCACCAAGAUUGUAGACAGUAAAAUGGAAGAAAGUUCAGAAGUACCUAUUUUAGAGGACACAUCAUCGUCACCAAUAGAUAUUCAACAACAUUCAUGGCAGGUUUCCACAGAUAUUGAAAAUGCUGAAAGAGAUAUAAGAGAAAUGAAAAACCUUUUAAGUAAACUCAGGGAGACUAUGCCUUUACCAUUGAAAAAUCAAGAUGAUAGCAGCCUCCUAAACCUGACUCCUUACCCAUUAGUGAGAAGACGGAAGCGAAGAUUCUUUGGACUAUGCUGCCUUGUUUCAAGCUAAAAGAUUCAACACAGAAAUGCCAAGAAAAAGAUAACUUUGAUUAAGCCAAUAUUAUUUGACCUUUGAAAGAAUAAAUCUUGACUGCUCUUGAUUAUCAAGUAUGUUUUCUACAGUGCUCUGUUACUUUGUCCCAUUCCCCUUUUCACAGAAAGUUUUACAAUGUGGUGUUGCAGACAAGAACCAAAUGGGGAACAGAUAUACCAUAUUUCAGAUGUUUUUAAAUGAUUUUUUUAAAUGACAUUUACAUGCAUGCUUUAAAUCAUACAGUGACAAAACAAGAAUUAUGGUUACUUUUUUUUUUUUACUGUGCAGCCACAAAGUUUUGUUUACAGUACAAGUCUAGGACUAUAACUUAUUAGUAUCACAUUAAACUAUUUGAUCAUAUUCUAACAAUCUUUACACUUAGAAAGCUAUUUAAAACAGCAAAGUGUUAACGUUCUAAAAUAUUAAAACAAUAUAUAAUAGAACAUGCACAAGCUCUCCUAUUGCUUUUUGUGCUCUCAUUCAUAUUUAGUCUUCCACUCUCUCAAUUUAUCCAAGAACUACAAAGUCAAAUAUAUCUUAAUUUAUAAUACACAAAACCAUGUAUGAGAAAUAUUCAGAACUUGUAAAUACAGAGUAAUCAUUGUAUCUACAUACUGUACAAUGCAUAGAAGUAAUGAUAUUACUUUUAAGCCAGUGGUGUCUAUUUCAACUUUUGGAAGAAAGGAGUAAUUCAGUUAAAAAGAUGGUGUAAUAGAAUAUACUAUUACCCUCAAAUGUAAAGCAGAUUACCAUAUUUUGUUUCCAUUAGCAGUUGAAGCAUGUCUGCACAUCAACUAAAUGUUCACUCUUAUAGGGCAUGCUAGAAUUAGCUCAGACUGUAAUAUAUUAGACAUUUUACAUUGUUAAUAAAAUUUUUUAGUUAAAAUUAAAA